GGAGGAGGAGAAAGACGAAAAAGAAAGGAAAAGAGAAGAAAAAAGUAAGAGAGAGAGAGAGACACUCGACUCGAGAAAAGAGAAAGAGGGAAGAGAAAGAGAUCGCGGGAGAUCAUCGGUGAAGAGAAAAUGGCCUCGAGCUGUUCCAUCCGGUGUGGUUCGAGAAAUAUCCUGGUGAAUGCUGCCGCUACGUUCCUCGCGCUCCUCGUCGUUCUUCGAUGUUUCGCCAACGCCGAGAAACCAUCUCCGUGCCAGAGAUAGCGGAUAGGAAAGAAACGGGAUUGUUUCGAAUAUACACGAUCCGACGGCCGAGAGUGUGUGCGUGUACGUGUGCGUGUUGGGCUUGCAGCGACGUUUACUGCCGAGGCGAGUUGCUGCACACGAUACAGAUGGCCUCGAUCUACAAGGACUCGAAAACGUUCGUCGACAUGAAGAUGAAACGUCCGCCUGACGAGACGUUGAAGUCGUUUCGAGAGUUCAUGGAGCGGCACGAACAGAUGCCAACCAGGUACCAGAUCGAGCGAUUCGUCAACGACACGUUCGACCCGGAAGGAUCCGAGUUCGAGGAUUGGGAUCCGGACGAUUGGACGUUCAGGCCCAAGUUUCUCUCCAGAAUUCUCGACGACGAUCUUCGUAACUUCGCCUCAGAGUUGAACGGUAUAUGGAAAAUGCUCGGGCGAAAGAUGAAGGACGAUGUCCGCGUGAACGAGGAGCUCUACUCGAUCAUUUACGUGCCGCAUCCGGUCAUCGUCCCCGGAGGCAGAUUUCGCGAAUUUUAUUACUGGGACUCGUAUUGGAUCGUGAAAGGAUUGCUCCUCUCGGAGAUGUACACAACCGUGAAGGGAAUGUUGACCAAUUUCGUCUCCCUCGUGGACAAGAUCGGUUUCAUACCGAACGGAGGCAGGAUAUACUACACGAUGAGAUCCCAACCGCCCAUGUUGAUUCCCAUGGUGGACGAGUAUCUGAAGAUCACUCACGAUUACGAGUGGCUCGAGAACAAUCUUUACCUCCUCGAGAAGGAGUUCGACUUUUGGAUGACCAAUCGGACGGUCGAGAUCGAGGUGGACGGUGUCAAUUACGUGUUGGCCAGAUACAACGAGCAGUCGUCCGGCCCUCGGCCGGAAUCCUACAAAGAGGAUUACCUUACCAGCCAAAGUUUUCGCACCAACGAAGAGAAGGACAAUUAUUAUUCCGAGUUGAAAACGGCUGCCGAAUCCGGUUGGGAUUUUUCCAGCCGUUGGUUCAUACUGGACGGCACGAACAAAGGUAAUCUGACCAAUUUGAAAACGAGGUACAUUAUCCCGGUCGACUUGAACUCGAUAAUAUAUCGGAACGCGGUGCUGCUGGCACAGUACAAUCAAAGGAUGGGAAACGAAUCGAAAGUGGCGUAUUACCAGAAAAGGGCGGCCGAGUGGAAGAGGGCGAUUCAGGCUGUGCUGUGGCACGACGAGGUCGGCGCGUGGCUCGACUACGACAUAUUGAACGACAUAAAGAGGGAUUACUUCUAUCCGACCAACAUCCUCCCCCUGUGGACCGAUUGCUACGACAUCGCGAAGAGGGAGGAGUACGUGUCGAAGGUGCUCAAGUAUCUGGAGAAGAACAAGAUAAUGUUGAAUCUUGGCGGUAUACCGACCACGCUCGAGCACUCGGGCGAGCAAUGGGAUUAUCCCAACGCUUGGCCGCCCCUGCAAUAUUUCGUGAUCAUGGCGUUGAACAAGACGGAGGACCCGUGGGCCCAGAGGCUCGCCUAUGAGAUAAGCGAGCGAUGGGUACGAAGCAAUUACAAGGCGUACAACGAGACGCACAGCAUGUUCGAGAAGUACGACGCGACCGUCUCGGGCGGGCACGGGGGCGGUGGCGAGUACGAGGUCCAGCUAGGUUUCGGUUGGAGCAACGGGGUCAUCAUGGAUCUGCUGAACAGGUACGGGGACAAAUUGACGGCCGAGGAUCGUUUCGUGGCUACCUUCCAUUCCAACUCGACCCCUCAACCGGUCGUCGUCUCGACCGCCGGCCAAGUGAUGACCGGUAUUCUCGCUCUCGUCAUAUCCUUGGCCGCAGGAUUUAUCGGAAUGGUGGUGUACAAAAGGCGGCAUUAUUACGUACCGGGCCCGUCCACGAUGCCAAACAAGAGGAAAGUAAUAUCGCCGAGUGGGAAUCUUUACCGAAAGAGGAUCGCUUACACCGAGCUCAAGGACAUGAACAACUAUUGACGACCGUUGCUCUUCUAGAGAGCCCAAGCUUCUGUGCGAAGCGACCGUUGAAGCGCGAUAACGGCGAAGCGCGGGGCGAGGCGAGACAAGGACAAGUAAACAAACACUUGGUCGAACUUGGUUCCCAUUGUUACUUCAACUGCCGUGAUCAUCGGCCGUGAAAUCGACCAAAACACUGUGCAAAACUCGCCCGAUAUUUCGCUCUCGCGCAAUUCGAUCGUGCACUAACCGCGUGUGUACCACCACCACCACCACCACCACCACUACCACCACCAUUACCACCACCAUAUCACCACCACCACCACCACCACUACUAUUAUUACUACUACUAUUUAGUAGAAUUUUUUCACUCGCGAACGAUCGUUCUCUUCGAAUGAUCGCGAUUCGCGUGUGUUCACCAGACGUCUCUCUUUUUAUUUUUUUUUUUUCUUCUUUCUCCGUUUUCGACGAUAAAUCGAUUGUACGCGUUUCGAUUAGCGAGGAAGCGGGGAAGGUGAUACGGUGAAACGGCGACACGGUGAUACACGGUACCGACUCGUUCCUAUUGAUCGUCGCGUUUUAAACCGACGACCGUUUCCUUCUUCCCUCCCUAAUUUUCGAAAACGCGCACGGCAUCAUCGCGAAUUCGAAACGAAUUCGCCGUUCCUCUCGUUGUGCGGACCCCCUUCCCCCUUCGCCUCUCCCCUUACCCUUCUCCCCGAAGCAUCCGGCCUAAUUAUCUAACAACAUUUUUCUUCACUGCGAUCGCGUGCUCGACGACACGAAAUCGAGUUUGACGAUUUGAAGAGAGGAUCGAUUAGCGGACGAUCGAGGAAAUCGAUAAUAAUACGGUCGUGUAACUCGUAGAAACGAGAUCGCGCUUUUUACGUCAUGUUGUUUAUAGACGAGAGAUCGUCGUUUAAAUGAUCGAUCGAGAUGUAUAGAUAAAAAAUUUUCGAUAAAAAUCUUGUAUUUUUCCGGAUAUUUUUGUAUAAGGUGAACCCGUUUAGCCGCUUGCGCGAUUUAGUCAAAAAUCCACACUGACGAUGGCGCACCGUUCGCCGUCUCGUAACGUAUUCUUCUCUGUUCGUAAAUAGAAGAAACGGCUCUUUAUAUAAUUAUCCGUAUUCGCGGAUUCGAUUGCGGGAAUAAAAUAUUGGAAGGGAAAAAAAAAAAAAAAAAAAAAAAAAAGAAUGGAGGAUCGAACGGUUCGCCGAUCGUUGAUUAACGAGCAAACAUUUGCGUUUUCAUGAUUUUUCGACAUUGUUCGAAGCACUGUUACUUUUAUCGUGAACAACGCGAGAUGCGUACGUAUAAAUAUAGAUAAAUAUAGUUAGUUAAUUAGAUAGAUAAAUGAAUAGAUUAGUUAGAGAAUUUUGUGUUACAAAUGUGAACGAAUACGCGCCGUUCGAUUUUGCCGCGAAUCAAUUAAGUAAUAAUAAACGGUCGGUAGAAAAUCGAUAUCGCGGUAUUUCGUUGAACGCUACGAAUGAUGAAAUUUGAAACCGGAUUGCGCCCAGAGGACGAAAACGAUACGCUCAAAUACAAGUUUCUCGUUAUCUACGAAAUAUCAUUUCUAUGUAUUUUCGUAUGCGUAUCCCGAAAUCUCUACACGAGAUAUCUCGAUAUCAUCUGUUGUGUACAUAUAUAUAUAUACAUAUAUGUCUAUAUAUCUAUAUAUAUAUAUAUAUAUAUAUAUAUAUAUAUCAAAUUAAUUUGUUAUUUUGACGUUUUCAUCAACGAUGGUGGAAACUCUAGUUAUCUCGUUCGUGCAGGAUAUCAUUCGCUGUUAUUUUUCAGCCAAUGAAACGGGCGCCAAUUUUGACAAGCAGGAUCUUAGAGAAAACUGUCGCCGCGAUUUGUAAAACAAAAUAGAACGAGAAUCUUAACUGAUUUUCUUAGAAUCAAAAGAAAAAUAUUAUUUCGUAUAAAUGCAUUAUAAUACUAAUCGAAAAAAAAAAAAAAAAAAAACGAUGUUCAUUUUCGAGGAUGAACGAAUAAUUCAACGUCGUAGAAAUCUCUUUCGAGAGACGUUAUUGUUUCGUUUAUUAUCUCAUUUAAAUAUUCUCAUAUCCUUAUUAUUUAUUUAUAGAUUUUUUUUUUUUUCCCCCUUUGACUUAUCACGAUGCACGUUUUUCCCUAUUGUUGCUUACGGAAUCUCGUUUCGGGAAAACCAACCGUUCAACAUGUUUUUAUCGUCAGGCUUCGUGGCGAAGAGCCAAGUGAGAACAUCGUGAAAACUCUUACGCGUUGCGAUAUUUUGAUCAUUGUGAUAUUUGGAAAUUUAGAUAACAAAAUAUUAUUUUUCUCUCUCUUUCUUUCUUUCUCUCUCUCUCUCUCUCUCUCUCUAUCUCGAACUAUUUCUUCUUUCUCCCGUUUUACUUUUCGUAAACAAAUCGCCAUCCCUCCAUAUUGGUUAGAAUGGAACGUUUCGAAUCGUUGAUUCGAUUCCGUUCAGCGAUUUGUAAUCGAUCGAUUAUAUCGAUACAGAGAAAGUCGAUAUUGAACAUUGUCUGAGCGUGAAUCGAGUAUUUUUUCAUUUUUUUUUU